ACAACCUCCGCUCCUCCUCGAUCCUGUCCUCGUUCACUCCACAUCCGCAGCCGAAUUCCCCCGUCUCCACCGCUCAGUCCCCUGGACCGCCGAACCUCUCCUCGCCUUGCCAUGGCAGCCGCAGCACUGAGGGCGCAGCUCAACGCUCAUAUCGCCGGCAUGUACACCGAGGUGAGGCCCCUCCCAUCCCCUCUAGUCGUGUAGUUGUGGAAUUUGGCCUAUGAGUUUGCCUUGCCGUGGUCGAUCCACGGUGUCGUGGACGAGGACACGUUCGAGGAGCUGCGGGAUGAGGGCACCGCCGUCGAGGUCUCCCGCCUCUUCAUCUACGACGCCUCCGAGAUCAUCGACGACAUCGACAUCCUGAUGGAGGAGCCCGAAGUGGACUUUGACGAGGUGGAAGCCUUGACGCAGCAGCUCAUGCGGUGCACCUCCAGUGUUGGUGCACAGCAAGUGAACCUCGCCUGCAUGCACUUCGGCAAUUUCUAUGCCAUACAAUACAAACAAGGGUGUCUCGUGUCAUUGGCUCUUGUUAGGAAUGAGUUCUAUAUUGUGCGACAUGAGUUGGAGAUCAUGAUGCAGCUCGAAGAGCAAAUCGCGGCAUGUGGUCCUAACUCCUAAGUAGCGGCAAGUGAAGGGGGAAGAAUGUGGCCCCAUGCAAUCCCUUGCAUUAUGCGUUCGAUGUGUCUCCGAAGAAGUAGCGGUUUUCAAAGGGUGCGCGUAAAACUUAGAUGAAUAUUCUCGUGUCGGAACUUUGGGCUCGUAACCCUGUGAACGAAAACUGUUGUCGUGUGUUGAUGUCAGUGUGAAGUCCAUAUUCUAGUGUGUCAUGGAUGUGUUGCCGCCCUUCCUAUGGGCUGUUUAUAAUACCUAUACCUGGUUGGUUGGUCCUCUAGUGACUUUGUUUUGCUGUAUGUUCUAUUUGCUUUUCUCUAUAAGCAAGUC